AUGCGCCGCGCUCGGAGGUGCGAGGAUGCUCUGGUGAAUGUGGCCCCGCUCGAGGCUCGCCGGGCCUCGCCGAGGUCUGGCGGUGGCGACGAACCUCAGAUCGUCCCGGAGGUGUCGAGCUUCGGGGAGAGCCCGCCGCUCUCCCCCAUCGACAUGGACACGCAGGAGCGUAUCAAGGCGGAACGCAAACGGCUGAGGAACCGUAUCGCCGCCUCCAAGUGCCGCAAGAGGAAGCUGGAGCGGAUCUCCCGCCUGGAGGAGAAGGUGAAGAGCCUGAAGAGCCAGAACACGGAGCUGGCCUCCACCGCCAGCCUGCUCCGGGAGCAGGUCGCCCAGCUCAAGCAGAAGGUCCUCAGCCACGUCAACAGCGGCUGCCAGCUCCUGCCCCAGCACCAGCACCAGGUGCCGGCUUACUGA